AGCAGAGAGAAGAAAUUUUUAAUUUACCUGAUGACCAAAAAAAACAACCAGUUUCCUCUGGUAACAACGCAACCACGUCCCUAUAUCGACCCCGAAAGAUUAUACGAACCUCAAUAUAUGGACCAAUUGACGACUAUAUUGCUAAAAAGUUAACUCAGCAAGAUAAUGAAAAAUUCAAGAUUCUCUUAUUAAGACUAAUAGUAUCAUGCGGAUGGGCCUUCUACUGGGUCAAUAAGCCAGAGGCUAAAGAGCUAUUUGAAUUUUUAAACCCUUACCUUAAACUUCUAGACCGUCGGGCCUUUAGCAGAAAGAUUUUGGAGGCCGCUGUUGCUGAAGAGGAUAAUGAAAUGUAUGAUGCACUUAGUAAAGAUCAAAUAGGCGUUACCUUGACAUUUGAUGAGUGGACUAAUGUAAAAAAUGAACAACUAUUAGGAGUAAUGAUUAUUACUUCUGGGGGAAGACCCUAUGUGUGGAAAGCAACAGAUAUUAGUUUAGAAAAGGAAACACAUAUUGAAGUUAUGGAUAAAACAAAUACAAUGAUCAAUAAACUAAAAAGUAUGAAUAUGGAAGUUUCUACUGUUGUCACAGACAGCGCUAGACCAUAUGCGGCGUCAAGACGAAGACUUAGACUUGUUCAUAGAAAUAUCGUAUUCUUACCAUGUUAUGCAUACCAGCUAAACUUGUACGUAGGCGAAAUAUUCAAAGAAUCUACGAACCUAAAAAUUACAAUGGACCAAGCAAUUAAAUUAGCUGCUUAUUUUAAAAACACAAGAAACAAAUAUUUCAUCACCAAAUUACGGGACCAGCAGAAAAUUACUUAUAAAAAAUAUUAUGGAAUAGCUGUUCUAGGAGAGACCUGCUGGAAUAGCUAUUAUUCAGUAGUAACUAGUCUCUUACAAACUAAACAAGCAUUGCAGGCAAAUGGCUCACUUCAUCAGGAUAUUUUUGAUAUUAUCACCCUAGAUUCGUUUUGGUUGAAUUUAAUGUCGGGUGAAGAACCUACAUGUAUCUUGCGUGAAUUUAAUGAUUUUUCUAUCAGAGCUUACCCAUUUGAUGAUAAUACUUACGAUUAUUUUGGUGAUAUUUGGAAGUAUUGGAGUUAUGUUAAGGAUUCGAUGGCUAAAUUAGGAUUGGUUGCUUGUCAAUUAUAUGGAAUUUGCAUUAAUGCAGCCGCAGUUGAAUACCUUUGGAGCU